CAGCGAGCGAGAGAGCAGAAAAGGAGCAGCUCUGGAAGGAGCUGUCCAGGGUCUGUACAAUACCGAAACAGUAAAAAAAAAAAAAGACGCUGUGUAUUUGUUCUUUGGAUAUAAACCACUGAUGAAUUUACCGUGGCAGGGCUUCUUCUUCUUCAAUUACCAUAUCAGUGCGACGGAGGUAGAAAAGUCACUUGGAGCAUCAGUGUAAUAGCCAAGGCAGUGAACUUGAACUGAGAAGAGUGAGAACUGGUUUUGAGGACAAAGCUGCGCUUGGAUUCAAUUAAUUUUAUACUAAAAGAGCAACUGGACGUGCAUAUUUGGUUUGCGUGAUUGUGUUAAGAGUUCUUGACUCAAAAAGAACAGAACUGCAGUCUUGCUAAAUAUUCGGUCAUUCCAUGUGAUUGUUUAUUUGAAAUUAUAAGUGUGUUCACAAGACGAAGGAAUCGCUUCUGGGGACACGUGUAAAAUUAGACAGACAAGACCCAGGCGGUAAAGGGCAUUUGUGAAUGGCCGUGCAGUUGACUGGCUACAGGCAGUGCGGCGAGGGCUGCAUGCACUGCUAAUGUGGAUGCCACGCACUCGCGGUAUCUCCCUCCCGCCGGGCUCAGCGAGACGGGCGCGCGAGAAAGGGCGAUUACAAAGUUUCGGUGCCAGGAUCAAGUGCACGCUGUGGGACGGACCAGUAUCAGAUCUGAAAUGUAGUCUUUUUUGUGUAAAUAUGUCGAUAUAGGUGGAAGGAUUACAAUACAUACGGUUACAUAUUGAUUUUUCGUAACGUUGGUUUCAGGUCAGAGACAUACGUUUCUCUUUGGAUUUACCCGUCUUGUUUCCGAACACUGUACGAGGAGCGGCUCCAAGCAAAGUAUUGCACGUGACAACGUAAAGAACAACCUGAGACAAUUCGAGACUGAGAAUACCGCGAAUGCGGAAGUGACCACAAUAAAUCCUGCGUGUUCGUGGGCAAACAAAAAUUGUAUUAUUCAAUACACGUUCUCAGAAGACAACGAAAUUAUUGUGGAUUUACUUCAAUCACUUACGAUGCCCAUUACUCGUGGAACUGCCCUGCUGCUCGUCUUAACUGUCCUCAUCGCCAAGGUUACAAACAAGGUGCUACCCACUAAAUCUGACUCCCUUUUGGGCCUUUCAUCUACUGCUCCCUACAGCCAGUCCAGUGUAUAUCUACCUGCCAGUUUUAAGCUCACCAAUGCCCAGCUGGCAUUCUUCUUGCAGGAGAGCAGGAGAGAACAGCAGGGAAACCAAAGUGGCCAUCCCCUACAGCGAACAGAGAGUUUUGUUGUCUUCCAGACCAAAGAACUUCCAGCGGUCAAUGUUUCCUUUGGCCCUUUCAGCCAGGGCCAAGUCUUACCCAAGGAUCUUCUGCAACCAUCCAGCCCACUGGAGAUCCCAAACUUUUUAACUGUCAACUGGAAGGUCCGUGCCUUCAUAGUCCAACCUAGGGUCUACUCCAACAUACCCUUGGUUCAAGUGCUUUUCUAUAUUGCUGGUCGAGACUGGGAUGAUUUCCAAGUGGUAGAAAAGCUGCCUUGUGUGCGUCUACAUGCGUUCAGGGACAUCCGAGAGAUUAAGACCUCCUGUCGCCUGCGGGGAAGUCUGGCACAAUGCCUAGCUCAACUGGACCUUCCUGUCAAUUGGUUCAACACUAAUGUGGCUCCUUUGGGACGCCGGAAAGGCAAUGAGGGCCUGGAAAUGAGUGUAGAAACUCUGCAGGCUGAACUCUACUAUACAGUCCAUGAGCCUGACAGCAAUGGAGAAUGUGGGGACAACACACCACGGCGAGGAGGUGGUGGCAGCUCCCGGGGAGAAAUGCCAACCCAGCAUCCCCUGCUUCGUAUUGGUAGUAUCAGCUUGUACCAGCCAAGCCAGGAGCAGAUUAUGGUGGAAAAGCAGCUCGAUAGGAACAUCUUUGUGAAGCUGCCUGAGCAACCGCUGAAACCUGGAGCCAUCCUCAGCAUCUUCCUCUACCUGGUGCCCAACUCCACUGUGGAACAGUUCACCCUCAAAGUUAAGGCCAAGAAAGGUGUAAAUCUUUUAAAUACCAAGUCUCGGAGCCAGCAGUGGUCUGUGAAUUCAGAGGUUUUAACAGGAGGAAAGCAUUCUACUGCCACAAUUGUUGUAAACAAAAUUGAAGGAGUCCAGUUGAGUGAUGUCAGCUCCAGCAUUGAAAUCAUGCAGCUUGACUUUGAGAUGGAGAACUUCACCAGCCAGUCGGUGACAAGACGAAUCAACUGGAACAUCGACUACGGUGGCCGUAGCCCUCCACCUGACUCUGAGAAGGUGGUCACUGAACUGACUGUAAUUCAGAGAGAUAUUCGAGCCAUCAUCCCAUUGUCCAUGGAUAUUGAAAUCAUCAACACAGCAGUGCUGACAGGAAAGACUGUUGCCAUUCCUGUGAGGGUCGUUGCCAUAGAGAUGAAUGGCGUCAUCACAGACGUCUCCUCUUUUGUCCAGUGCAAGUCCACCAAUGAUGACAUCAUUAAGGUCUCCACAGGCUGUGACUACGUUUUUGUGAAUGGCAAGGAAUCCCGAGGCUCUAUGAGUGCAAGAGUCGUGUUCGUCUAUGAACAUCUGAGUGCCCCACUUGAGCUCACUGUGUGGUUUCCCAAGUUACCUCUUCAAAUUGAACUUUCUGAUUCUAGGCUCAGUCUAAUCAAGGGAUGGCGUGUUCCAAUUCUCCCAGAACGUCGGUUUACUCGGGACAGUGAGGACGAUGAUGAGGAUGAGAGGCGGACCAGCAGAGGCUGCACCCUGCAGUACCAGCAUGCUUUAGUGCGUGUGUUAACUCAGUUCCACACAACAUCAACAGAAGGCACUGAUCAAGUGAUCACCAUGCUAGGCCAGGACUGGAAAGUGGACGUGACAGAUCUGGUUCGUAACUCCCUUAAAGUGCUGGAUGGGAGGUUCGUGGAACUUGUUGAUCGAAGUGUAUUAGUAGGCCUUGAACCUGGAGCAACCAUUCUAAAGGUGGAAUCUCCACUGAUGGAUGCUGUUCUUGGCGAAACCCCAGUUUCUGUUGCUGACGAUAAAGUGUCCAUCACUGAUCUGCGUGUCCAUACAGUUUCCGGCCUGUCCCUUAACAUUCAAUCCAGUCCAGGAAGCAGUCACACCAUUGUUGCUAAUGCCACGGGCCUACAAACUCUAACUACUGUCAAACAGGAGGCAACACUGUCAAUCUGGAUUUACUACAGUGAUGGCACUGCAGCCCCCCUGAAUCUGUAUGACUACAAAGACUAUAAUUUACAAGUCACCACACUGGAUGACAAAAUAGUGUCUGUGUCCUCAGAUCCUCAGCUGCGUUGGCCCAGUAUUAUCGCAGAAGGAGAAGGCUCAGGUGAAAUCAUUCGAACAGAGAUGAUCAUCUGUGAGGCCUGCCAGAAAACCAAGCGCAAGAGUGUGCUCUACUCUACUCACGUCUACGUUCGAGUUCACUUUGGACCGGAGGAUUCUGCAGAGGAAUCUGAAGACUAUACAAUUGGUAGACCAAGUCAAGGGACACGACAAGACAUAGAUGUCGAAGAAACAGUUUCCACGACAAGUCGAGUAAAUGUGGGCAGGGGGAUCAGUAAUACUAAUGAGCAACCUGCCAGUGUUUCCAUUGAUUACACAACUAUUAGUAACCUGGAUGGGGGUGAAGAUGGUUUACAUCAGACUCCUCGCAACUUGACGGACCUUGAAAUUGGGAUGUAUGCACUUUUGGGAGUUUUUUGUUUGGCCAUAUUAGUUUUUCUGAUCAACUGCAUUGUCUUUGUUCUCAAAUACCGCCACAAACGCAUACCCCCUGAGGGACAAGCCAACGUUGAUCACUCUCACCAUUGGGUGUUUCUUGGGAAUGGUCAGCCCCUGCGUACACAGAGUGAACUGUCACCUCAGCAGCCAGAGAGCCCUGGAAACCCCUUGGAAGGAAUGCAGACUUGUUGCCAUGGUGAUCAUCACAGCAGUGGCAGCUCCCAGACAAGCGUCCAGAGCCAGGUACAUGGGAGAGGUGACGGCAGUUCUGGAGGGUCUACUAAAGAGCAUAGUGAAGACCCCCUCAAUUCACCCACCUCUAAACGUAAACGGGUCAAAUUUACCACUUUUGCCACACUGCCUUCAGAGGACUUGCCAUACAACUCCAUUCCCAUGGCAGACGAAGAGGACAUUCAGUGGGUCUGCCAGGACAUGGGCUUUCAGGAUCCUGAAGAACUGCAUGAUUAUAUGAGAAGAAUAAAAGAGAUAGCUUAGGAAAAAAAAAGAAACUUCUGUCACAAGCUUUCUUAAUUCUUUUUUUCUCACUUAGUGGAGAUAUCUUUUCACAACGAAACAGAAAUGGGGAAAAUAAAGCUGAAAAACAAUGGGGUGAAGGAAGUUUGCACAGUGUCAUUCACAUCUUCUCCCCUUUCCACAGACACUUGUUAAAAGCUUCAAGCCACGGACACUAAAUCUGUAAGACAAAUUAUUCGAAAUAUUCCUUUCUUAGUGGCUGUGGCAGUAUAAUCGUUUGGCAAAAAUGAAAAAAACUAAGCUUUGAACCUGGAGUGAAAACCGGGGCACUGAUAUUUGACUACUGGCACCCAGUGUGUGACCCACCAAGAAAACAAGGAUACCGCAAGACUGUUUAGUGGAGUGGGGGUUGUUGGGUGAGGAGGAAGAUUCUUGCUUUAUUUUAGCUUCAUCAUAAAUAAACAGAGGCCUUCAAUAAGCAGUUUAGAGAAUGCCGGAUUGGGUGGUUUACGCCUGUGAACGUCUUAAAAUCUCACAUUUCAAUGAAGCACAGACACUGUUGGUACCUGCCCCUCCAACGGUUGACACAGCAAGCCCUGGGUAUCUUCAGGCAGAGUCCUAGUCCAGCUGGCCUGGUGGCAGCCUCUUACCUACAUUAAUCCUGCUGUGAAAUGUCCUUGUGUAUUCCUAAAAGUAGAUUUUAGCCUUACUGCACCCCUGCGGCAUCCUAGGAGGCUGGAUCUUUGCAAGAACCGUGGGGAUAAUUUUUCUUGGCUAAAACUGAUGUGGUUGGAUUGGGUCUGACUGCAAAAUCCACAAUGGUGGAUACCUCAACCUCCUGAAGUAUCUGGAGCUGUCAAGCUUGUGGUUUUCAGGAGCAUUUUGAUGCAUAUGAUGCACAAGCUGAACACUUCAUUAUUGAGGUUAACUAGGAAAGGUGAAAGUGAUAAUUGGUUGUAGGAGGAUCAACAUAAUAGAGACCCAUGACUAUUAUCCUCAGAGGAGAGAAAGGCAUGUGGGCAUGAGGCUUAGCAUGAGAGGAGAGGUCAGAGGUACAAUCAGUAAGUUUUCAUAUUUGUAAAUGUUUGUAUUGUAAUAGCUAUCUAAUCAUACAUACAAGAUAAUAGUAAAGGACCUAUGUUAUCAAGCAUUUAAAGCACGAGACUGCAGUCAUGUCAUCCUGCUGCCUUGCCAUUUAUUUUUAAAGCUUCAUCUCUUGAAUGUCGUCAGGCUGCUCUGCAUAGGUGAAUGAUGUGAACAGGGCUUCCUGUUAUCCCUGUAAAUGCCAGGGACCUGCUGCUCUUGAGACAAAGCCUUCUGUGUGGCUUCUUGCAUCACACCACAAAGGUUUUGCUCAGAAUCUUCUACCAGAGCAGAAAAUACCCAAGAACAGUUUCAGAACAACUUCACAAUGGAGGCAUUUAAACAAAAGCAUACUGAUGACAAGGAACUUAAAUACAUUAUUCCCACUGGAGUGGAGAUGGUCUAUUCAGUUUUAGUAAAUGGUUUUGCUUGUCAGCCACAUUAACAUGCUUCACUGUAUGAUGAGCAGAAGUGCUGUAUGUGCAAUACAGAUCUUGCUAGAAGUUCAUCACUGGGCACACUCAUACAUUUAUCUAGAAGUACUCAUGGAGUUGACAGUUGACCAAGGAAAUAAUAAAAGUCCUGCUGAUUGCAACCAUCAAGAAAAAAAUAAAUGUGUAACAGAGCUCAAGAAAAUGAGUGAGCCUUUACCAAAAUAUUUGAAUGUACGAAUGAAAUCAAAAGCCCAAACAGUCAUGUGAGACUGGAGGAGUUCUCCUUUAGGUCAAGUGGCUAAGAAGACUUUUCCUGCUUUGCUGAGAGAGCAAUGCAAUUGAGGGUCCCAAGAGAAAGACCAUGCUUGUGAAGGUAAAGGGCAUGCUAUCUAGAGAAGGCACUUAUGUCUGCAAUAGAGCAAGAUCUAAGCAAUGCCAUCCUUCUCAGCAGAAAAGCACAGGACAAAGAAUAAAACCACAGCUACUUCCACUGCAUCAUACCCUCACAUUCAUGAACACUGGUGCAAUUUGACCUCUCCACUCAAGCUACAUUGACAGUUCUUUGUACAGUAGAAGAAACUGAGAUUGACUCAAACAUAAGAAAACAUACAAAGCCCACACCGUGGACAAUGUAUUUGUAAAUCACAGGGACCACACACAAUGUGUGUAGCACACACAGAUGCACUGAUAGCGCAGUUUCAUAGUCUACAUUAAUCAUGAUAGCCGCUUAUCUAUGUUUUAGAUAAUUUAUAAAGACUAGAAGGCUUUUUCCCAGAUGACUGCCAUUUCCAAAGUGAUUGGUCCAAGCCUUAUCUCAUUUAUUUAGAUCAAGCUGAACCUUCUAAAGGAGUCUCAGGGAAUACAUAACUGUUGUCAGUUGUGUAUACAUGCAUGAGACAAGCCUGAUUGGGUCUUUCAGUCAAUAAUCAGUGUCACUGAAGGCUUGGUCUAGACAUUGCAACCAAGUCAAUGUUAAACAUUUCUGUAUGAUGCACAUAUCCUCAUCCUAAAGUGUCCUACUCACACCCUGGUGGGUGCCAUUGUGGAGCCAGCAAAGUUACUUGUUCCACCUCAUCUUGCCUUGGAAAUGUGCCAUGAUAGCAGGUAGUGAUAAUCUCUUAAGAAAAUCUUAGAAACAGUAGGAUAUAGGAUAGGUACAGAAAGAGAAUGCCAUACCCUUUAGGAACCUUUGUCACUUGCCACAGCUUUAGUGGUGCCAAAUCCUUCACGUGUUAGUGUAAAAGACAAUGAAGCAACUUUUCUAAACAGGUCACUGACAGGUUGGAGGUUGGAGCAAUGUCUACAAGGUGUAUGAAUCAACUGCUAUCCAUUUCUCCUGGAAGAUAUUUGAACUUCUCUAUCUGUAAAUGAAUGUCUCUUAUUUUCCACACCUGUUUUACACUGGAUUUUAAAUGGAAGCCAUAACCAUCAUUCAAAUCCUUUUGGAACCGUCAAGUUUUGAUUCGGACUGUGUUUCUGUUUGGUCGUUUCAAAGUAGCAAAAAUGUCAUAAAAGUGAAAUUUCACUAUCAUUUGUUAAAUCAGUUGCAUUAAAUAUUGUUGAUUUACAACAUACAUUCAUUACAAAAAUACAAAUUAUUUUUUAAAACAAUUACACAUUUUAAAUACUAAGAUUUAAAAAAAAACAUCUCAGAUUCUUAGCACCAUAUUUUCAUAUCCUACAUCAGAAGACUGUUUUGUCAAGCCACACCAUUACCUAUAGUAUAAAGAAAGAACAGAAGCAGGUAGAGCAUAGGGCACAUUUGAACUGGGAGAUGUACUGUAGGUCCUGGCUUCGCACACUGGGGUGAGACCAGCACUUAGAGUAAUGAAGCGGCAGGAAAACUCUUGGGUGUAACAGUUAAUCAUCAGCCAAAGGAAGCGCCAAAACAGGCUCCACCGCUCCCACCCCUUCCAAGUUCUCUCACUGCUUCUGAGCAAAAACUUUUUAGUGAGGCAUCUCUCGAUGUUUACAACAUGGGGAUGCAAGGCAACCUUACGGUACUGCUUUUAGGUAAAGUGCCUGUUCUGAAGAGCCUGCAGCAGCACUUGAAAUGGUAGCAAAGAGUGUUUGUUGGUGGUGGGAAGUUGUGGGGGUGGGUGGGGAGGUUUGGGGCGUAUUACAUGCUGUACAGCAUUCAGAAAGCUGAGCAUCAUGCUUUGUAGAAAUACGCGAGGACUACAAAGAAACCAUGUACAGAACACUGUUGUCAACUUCUUGUAUUAUCCAGAAAUUCUGUAUUUUUUUUCUUUUCCUAUAUGUAAGAACAAUGGAAAUACAAUCAAUAUAACACCUG